CUGGAAUGCUUCUGAAGUGCCAGUAAUGCAGUGUACGUCAAUGUCUCCUGCACAGUGAGGUUAGUAUGAAAGUCAGAGAUGAAUUAUUUUUGCCCGAAGAAGACAGCAGUUUAUACUUUACAUAUUCUGGACCUCCAAAUAUUCUGGAAGUAAAAGAAUUAAAUUACCAGGUUAAUUUAAAUGACCAAAUCCCUUGGUAUGAGAAAAUAGCAGAACUUAAGAUGCCAUGGGAAUGGAAUAAAGGGGCACAAACAAUUGGCAUGACAAAUCUGAAUGUGAAAGUCAGCAGUGGGCAGAUGCUGGCAGUUAUAGGAAACACAGGUUGUGGAAAGACUUCUUUACUUGACAUCAUUACCUGUAAAGAUGAAGGAGGAAAGAUUAAGUCAGGACAAAUAUUAAUAAACGGAAAGCUUAGCACCAAGCAGUUGGUGAAAAAAAGCAUAGCCCACGUACGACAGGAUGACCAGCUCUUGCCACACCUGACUGUUCGAGAAACAUUGUCAUUUGUGGCCAAACUUCGUCUGCCUAAGGAGUUUUCAGAACAGCAAAGGCAAAAACGGGUUGAAGAUGUAAUAGCAGAACUAAGAUUGCGGCAAUGUGCAAAUACUAAAAUUGGAAAUGCCUAUACAAGAGGUGUAUCUGGGGGGGAAAGAAGAAGAGUAAGCAUUGGUGUUCAGCUCCUAUGGAAUCCAGGUAUACUUUUACUUGAUGAGCCAACAUCUGGUUUGGACAGUUUUACAGCACACAACCUUGUGAUUACAUUGUCCAGGCUUGCCAGGGGAAAUAGAUUAGUUCUUUUGUCUAUCCACCAGCCACGUUCUGACAUAUUCCAGCUGUUUGAUCUAGUCCUUCUCCUGUCCUCGGGAUCCACUAUAUAUUCUGGAACUGCUAAAGCUAUGGUUCAGUAUUUCUCAUCUAUAGGGUAUCCAUGCCCUCGAUAUAGCAACCCUGCUGACUUUUAUGUUGACUUAACAAGCAUUGAUCGUAGGAGCAGAGAGCAAGAAAUCGAAUGCUUGGAAAGGACAAAGUCUUUGUCAGAAAUCUUCUGGGAAAAAGUCAAAGAUUCUGAUGAUUAUUUAUUCAAAGUCUCAGAAGAUGACAGAGAAAAUGUAUCAAGUGAUACAUGCCGGCCUAUAGCCUCAUCUGACAAAGUGAUCAAUAUAGAUUCUCAUGAAAUUCAUCGUCUGUCUGGAGGGCUGCAUCAAUUUUCUGUAUUAUUAAGGAGGCAUGUAUCCAAUGAUCUGCGUGAUCUUACAACAUUACUGAUCCAUGGAUUUGAGGCGCUUAUAAUGGCAUUAUUGGUGGGAUUUUUAUAUUAUGGCCAAGGAGGAAACCAACUCUCCAUCCAAGAUACAGUUGCCUUAUUGUUCAUGAAGGGAUCACUAACCCCUUUUGCAGUAGUUUUAGAUGUUGUUGCAAAAUGUCAUUCAGAAAGAGCAAUGCUUUAUCAUGAAUUGCAAGAUGGACUUUACUCUGUUACGUCAUAUUUUUUUGCAAAGGUUAUUGGCGAACUUCCUGAACAUUUUGUUUUUGUCAUUUUGUAUGGUGUCCCAAUAUACUGGCUGGCAAAUCUUAACCCAGCACCUGAAAAUUUCCUGCUGAAUUUCCUGUUGGUGUGGCUUGUUGUAUAUUGCAGUCGGACAAUGGCUUUAUGGCUGUCUGCUCUGUUACCCACAAUGCAAAUGUCUUCAUUUCUUAGCAAUGCUUUUUUCACAUCAUUCUAUUUGACUGGUGGUUUCAUUAUCAGCUUGGAAAACCUAUGGACAGUUCCAUAUUGGGUAUCCCAUGUAUCUUUUCUUCGAUGGGGUUUUGAAGGGCUAAUGCAAGUUCAGUUCACAGAUGUCAAUUAUAAAGUGUUGCUUGGCAAUAUUACUAUCACUGUUCCAGGACAAAUGAUCAUUGAAAGCCUGGACAUGGACUCUCAUUCCCUUUAUGCAUGUUACCUUAUUCUUAUUGGCAUUUGUGUUGGUUUUCUCUUUCUCUACUUUAUAUGCUUAAAGUUUAUUAAACAAAAAUCACACCAAGAAUGGUAA